AUGGACAAAUUCUUUGCCAUUUGUAUUUUCAUUUCCUGCUUUUGUGCAAAACUUAAUGCCGGCGAGGAUGCGGUACCGCCAAUAAUGUCUGAGGUCAAUGCAAAAUCAGAAGAAAACAAAUUUAUCCCAACAAACGAAUGGCAAGUUAUCCCCGAAGGUCAGGGAAUACCUCGAGGCUUGCAUGUCAGAAUUGAUAUGCAAACUGGGCUGAAGGAAGCCAAAUUGCUAGAAGAAGAAAAUGAUGAAACAACUGCAAAGACAUCAUCAGCUUUAAUCAGCACAGGUGCUGUUGAAGAUGGAGAAGAAGUCAAAGCUGAGCUUAAUCAUUCGGAAAUAAAGGAAGCAUUAAAGAAGAUCAAGAAUGAUGCUAAAGAUACGAGUGAGGAGAAGACUGGAAGAAGUUUUCGUACUUACGAUCAGAUUAAAGAAGAGAUGAAACAAGUUGAGCAAAGCAUCAAAACAGAAUAUGAAAUCGUGAAAGAACUUGUUGCCAAGUACAAAAGCCUUGAAGAUGAUUCAGAGCGUCAGUACAUUCUGAAUGAUCUGGAAUUUUAUGUCCACCAGUAUGACAAUGCACAGGAUUUUGUGAAAAUGGGUGGUUUCAAAGAUGUUGUACUCCCUGCAUUAAAUUCAACCAGCAAAGACCUAAGGAGUUCUGCAGCAUUCCUGCUAGGUUCUGCUUGCCAAAGCAAUCCAAAAGCACAAAUUGCUGCAAUCGAAAUUGGUUCGCUGCCUCAUUUGAUCCGACUCGUUUCUUUAGAUCUGAAUCCCGAAGUUCGCAAUCGAGCAUUGUACGCGAUUUCCAGUAUUGUUCGUAAUUUCCCGUUGGCCCAAAAAGCUCUCGUUCAGCAUGGAGGAAUGACAGCCUUCGCCGAUAUCUUUCUCACGGAUUCGGCCGACCUGAUCAAACUGCAACUGAAAAUCGUUACACUGCUGGGAGACAUCAUUUUGGAGAAGGACAUGGCAGCCCAGCGUUUACGAGACCACCAGACGGACGAGUCGAGUGAAAGUACCAGCAGCGAUGCCGAGAAGGACAUGCUGGUCGAAAAACUGCGUCAAUACGAAGCUGCCGGCGUCGAGAAAGUGCUAGUCGAGCAGAGCUUUUGUCGUCUUUUACCUCGACUUUUGAAGAGCAUUCGCAAAGAAGAUGACAAGCAAACUCGCCGCGAAGAUAUGAGCUCCGUCCAAGGCCGUCCAUUCAGAGAAGAACACGACGUGGUCGAAAAGGUCCUUCAAGCGAUGCUGAUUCUAACGCGAUCAUGCAAGACGGAAUUUCAAUCUUUCCGCAGUCAAAUACAAACCUUGGGGGAAAGGUACCACAAGUUGAAAAGUCUGGAAGAGGCCGACGUGAGUUCCAAGGCGGACCAAGACUCGAUCGAUUUGUAUUACAGCAAAAUUCACGACAUGUGUCAGAAGCUUUGGUCGGAACUCGAGCUGGAGAGAGAUGAACUUUAAAAGAUUUCAAUUGUUGUAUUUUUGUUUCUAAAUUAAAUUGUAAUAAAGGCAGACUUGUUUUUCCUUUUUACGUAAA